UGAACUCCACGUCAGCUUUAGGAAAUGGAAGUUGUGUUUUGGUCUGACGUGUUACCCAGAAAGUUGCCGCCUUUCUCGCCAAAUCCUUUUCUUCUGGAAUUCCUCGGUGCCUCUCUUCAGUCAGAAAUGGUCGAAGACACUGUUGGAAAGAUCAAGGGCCCUUAAAAAUCGCGCGAAGCUACGAGAAACCGUUUGGAUUUGGAUGUCGUCGCACCGGAAGCACAACAACGACGACACGACGACACCAUGUUUUUGUGGCUUCAGUUUUUCUUGUCUCUCGUUCUAUCAUCGCUGGAGGUUUCCUCCGAGCGAGCCACGCCGACAACAUUAUCUGUACCGGAGUCCCUGCUCUUCGUGUCCACUCUAGACGGCACUCUGUACGCCAUCAGCCACAGAACCGGCACUGUGCGAUGGUUGCUGAAGGAAGACCCGGUCAUACAAGUGCCUUCGGACAUCACCACAGGUCCUACCUUCCUCCCCGACCCGAAAGACGGAUCCCUGUACGUUUUCGGCGGCGCGGGGACCUCAGAAGGACUCGCGAAGCUCCCCUUUACGAUCCCGGAACUGGUGAACGCCUCCCCGUGUAAGAGUUCGGACGGGAUUCUGUACACGGGACGGAAAGACGACACCUGGUACGCCAUAGACCCGGUGACGGGGAUUAAACAGCAGAAAAUAACGAUGGAGGGCACGGACCGGGUCUGUCCCAGCUCGGACGCCUCUACACUGUUCCUCGGUCGAACGGAGUACAACAUUGCCAUGUUCGACAGUAAGACUCGCGAGCUGCGGUGGAACGUGACCUACAUGGACUACUCUGCGCACGUCGCGAAGGACAGCAGCGACUACCCGCUCCGCCACUACUGCUCCAGCUCUGAUGGUCUCAUGAUCACGGUCGACUCCGUCACGGGGAAGGUGUUGUGGGACGCAAACUUCACGUCCCCCGUCAUCGCCAUGUACGCCUGGGACAAGGAUGAGAUGAAGAAGGUUCCGUUCACCAACAUCGCCAUGGAAACGCUGGAACAGAUCGUGGGUCAGGUUCGGGUCCCCGCCUGGGGCGAGCUCAUCAUGGGGAAGUCCCAGGAGACCAAGCUCCUCCCCACGCUGUUCGUCGGCGAGUACGCCCACGGUUUGUACGCGAUCCCGUCUCUCGUAGACGAGGAUGUGACGGUUUCCCCACGGAACGAGGUGCCGUUGCUAGACGGGCCGACUCCCCCGCCGAGCCUGCCCACGACAACCUCCAUCCCGAGUACCGGCAUGCACAGCGAGUCCGCCCGCGCCACCACCAAGAGAAGGGGUUCCGUGGUGCUCGGGCAUCACGAGUCUCCGCUGGUGGUGAACUCUCGCCUGCAGCCCAGCCGACACAUCCCCCACAGCACCGGCGACCCCAGCCUGCCCAUUCGCGAGGGCGGUAGCAGGAAGAACAGAAGCAACCCGGACGUGUUGAUAGACUACGACGAGUCCGGCAUUCCCGACUGGCUCAUACUCGUGAACGGUAUCGUCAUCGGGGCCAUCGUUCUGGUGGUUAUAAUGGUGCUGGUGAGGCAGUAUCGAGGGGAGCCGCAGUCGUCACGUGCGUCUCGCUUGAGCGAAGCGUCGACGGCAAGUUUCGGGGAAGGAUAUCCGAACGAGGAGAGCGAAGAGGGCUAUCACCAGGUCGGAAAGAUCAUGUUCAAGCCGGAAGACAUCCUCGGCUACGGCUGCGAAGGCACCAUCGUGUACAGGGGCCGGUUCGACAAGCGAGACGUGGCGGUCAAGCGGAUUCUACCCGAGUGCUUCAGCUUCGCGGACAGGGAGGUCAACCUUCUGCGAGAGUCGGACGAACACCCGCACGUCAUCCGGUACUUCUGCACGGAGUCCGACAAACAGUUCAAGUACAUCGCGCUGGAGCUUUGCGCCGCGACGCUACAACAGUACGUGCAGAAUAAAGACUUCGAGCGGCACGGUCUGGAGCCUGUAGACCUCCUGUAUCAGGCAGUGUCGGGGAUAGAUCACCUCCACUCCUUAGGCAUCGUUCACAGGGACGUCAAACCGCACAACGUCUUGAUAUCGCAGCCUAACGCCCACGGCCAGGUCAAAGCCAUGAUCUCGGACUUCGGGCUCUGUAAGAAGCUCGCUCAGGGAAGGCAUUCGUUCUCGCGCCGAUCGGGCGCGGCGGGAACGGAGGGAUGGAUCGCGCCGGAGAUGUUGGAUGACGAGAAAAGGACGACCUGCUCGGUGGACAUCUUCUCGGCAGGAUGCGUGGUGUACUACGUGUUGACCAUGGGCAAGCAUCCGUUCGGUGACUCCCUACGCCGACAGGCCAACAUCCUGUCUGGAGAGUACAGCUUGGACGAUCUGUGCGUGAAGGAAAAGGCGAAAGAAGUUUCCCUGUCCCCCAUGUGGACCAGGAAGGUACCGUGCCCGGCGGUGCUGCCCAGAAUAGACGAGAGCCAGCGCGUCGUGGCAAAGGAGUUGAUCAAGAUGAUGAUCCGACAGGAUCCGACGAUGCGUCCGACGGCGCCUUCCGUCUUGAAGAGCCCGUUCUUCUGGAGCAAGGAGAAGCAGCUGCAGUUCUUCCAGGACGUGAGCGACAGGGUCGAGAAGGAAGCGCUCGACGGAGCCAUCGUCACGGAGCUGGAAUUCGGCGGCAGGACUGUCGUGAAGGGCGACUGGCGGUCACGUAUUGGCGUGGAGCUCCAGGCGGACCUGAGGAAGUUUCGCUCGUACAAAGGCGGCUCGGUGCGUUGCCUCCUACGGGCCAUGCGGAACAAAAAGCACCACUACUUGGAUCUGCCGCUGGAUGUGAGACGCGCCUUAGGCCGUGUUCCGGACGAGUUCGUCUCGUAUUUCACGCAGCGCUUCCCCAUGCUUCUCUGGCACACGUACAAGGCCAUGCUGUGCUGUAAAAACGAGAGAGUCUUCCAUGGAUACUACGAAAAGGACGACAAGUCACUGGCACCGACGAUAUUGCGACAGAGAAAUAAGGACGACUCAAAGCAGGGUGUAGAAGAAGUGACGUCUGAAAAUGGACAGCAGCAGAAAGAAACACUGAAGAACUCUGAAGAAGUUGACAAAAAUGUACUAGUAGAUAAAGGAAAUAAUGCACAAACACAACAGGGAAAUAAUAAUGUACAGUCUUGAUUUCUGUAACUACAAAUUAAAAGAGGGACCAAAAUUGUGAAGAUUAUUAGUAGUUAGUCAUAAGAGACUUGCCAAAAAGUCUUCUUAACUUGUACAUGUAUAUAAAAGUUGGUAUUUGCACACAGAAGAAUGUACAUGAGAAGAUAUUUGAUGUGUAUUUUUGCUCUUGAAGACGUUGUCAGCUAUUUUAACAUAGAUAUUAUAAAUACUGCUUUAUUAACGAAUAAUAUUGCCUUCUCAUAUGUAUAUGAUGAUUAACAAAUAGAUAAAUAAUUAUGUAAAUAAAUUAUAAGAUAAAAUUGUAUAAAUCCCUGGGUACUAGUCUAUAUAUGUUGUAUUUGGAGGUAUACUGUUGUGAUAACCAAGAAACUGGUUUGGGAUUGAGACUACAAUUUUAAACCAUUAGGCCACAACAAUUUAAGUUCUUGGUUCACGGAUUUUUUCAUAAAAAAUAUGGAGCGAAAUGGGGAAAUAAAAAUUGUAAAAUGGUUGAGGUAAA